GAAGGUGUUGAGGGAACACCAGCCAGCAGGAUAUAGGAUGCCUCUGAGAUAGACAAGCCUAAUGACGCAACGGGUUUACUCAACACAGCUUAAUAUUGUGAGGGACAGGAUAAUACUUGCAGGGUUUCCCACGUUUCCUAUGACCAAAAGCAGGCUGAGGGCUCUGAAACUGACAGAUAUAACGUGACAGAAACUCAGACCCUCUUCCGAGUUCAGGAAAUAAUCUUAUCCGGACACCAGGGGAGCAGCCGAUGCAAACUUUUCUGAUGGCAUUCAUCUUAUUAUUUUUCCUACCUUGUGUUUUCAGUGCACGGGCGCGCAUAUCAGUCCCUGGAUAUGAAACAGUCAUCUCCAAAGAGCCGUACAGGGAGAGCCGGAAAAUUCUUACUACAUCGGGCAAAGAAUGUAAAUUCCCAUUUCGUUAUGCUGGAAGGCUUCACCACAACUGCAUCACCAUCCUGUCCUCAAGACCGUGGUGCUCUCUUACUCAUAAUUUUGAUCGGGACCAGCAGGGGGGAAUCUGUGCGCCGGAGAAAACGCAGCCAAGUGGUUCUGGUAAAGUCUCAGAUCCAUGUCAAGCGAAUCCGUGUCAGAAUGGAGGCGUCUGCACGCUGAUCCCACUCAGACACACUUUUGAGUGCUCCUGUCCUGAGAACUUCACUGGGAGACUGUGUGAGCAGAAAAAGUGCUAUGAAACCAUACACCUGCGCUAUUAUGACAUCGGAGAGUCUUGGGGACGAAUUCACCUCCGUAAUGUGGAACAGUGCACAUGUGUGGCAGGGAAAAUCAAGUGUGAAAGAGUCCACUACACAACGUGUCCUAAGAACCCCUGUCAGAAUGAUGGUGCGUGUCGAAUGAUCACAGCCACCGGCACAGAAGUGUGCAGCUGCAGGCAGGGCUACAGCGGACCCGACUGUAGCUUCGAGCCAGAGACAGAGUGCUAUCACAGCAGAGGCAAGGGUUACCGAGGGCUCGUGAGCACCACGGUGUCUGGCGCCCGGUGUCUGCCGUGGGACUCAGACCUGCUGCAUGACGAGCUCCACGUGGGCACGGUGGUUGCAUCGUCGCUUAAGGGCCUCGGCGAGCAUGCCUUCUGCAGAAACCCAGAUGGGGACAAGAUGCCGUGGUGCUACACACUAAAUGACGAUGCCAUCUCCUGGGAGUACUGUAACAUCCCCUCCUGUGUGAUGCCUGUGUCUUCUGCUCGAAGGAUUGCCCCAUUUAACGUCCUGCCCGGUGUUAAAGAACCUAAGCCCCCCAAGCCAGCUAAAAAGCCUGUGUGUGGGAAAAAGCACAAGAAGAAGUUGUCAAUAGCUAGGGGGCGGAUAAUCGGUGGAAGCUUGGCUCUGCCGGGUACUCACCCCUGGAUGGCAGCGAUUUACAUCGGACAGUCAGACUUCUGCGCCGGCACCCUCAUCUCCUCUUGCUGGGUCGUCUCUGCGGCGCACUGCUUCUUUCGCAACCCACUGAAGUCUCAGAUCCGUGUGGUGCUCGGCCAGCAUCAUUUCAACAUGACCAGUCCCAACACCAGGACGUUUGGAGUGGAGGAAUACAUCUUUCCAAAACAGUUCUCAGUGUUUAAUCCAACACUACAUGACAUCGUUCUGAUCAAACUGAAGAAGCAGGACGGGCGGUGUGUGAGGAGAACCCCGUUCAUCGCGCCCAUCUGUCUCCCAGACAAAAGCACGACGUUCCCUGAUAACUACUGCUGUACUAUUAGCGGCUGGGGACACAUGCAAGAGAAGGCAGAAAGGUACUCCAGUCUACAGGAGGCCGGAGUGAGACUGAGUCCUCACGAGGCUUGCAGGAAGCCAGAAGUCUACGGCAACCACGUCACUGCUGACAUGAUUUGUGCGGGGCUAAACAGCUGUAUCGACGCAUGCCAGGGCGACUCCGGGGGCCCUCUGGCUUGUGCGAGGGAUGAUGUCAGCUUCCUGUAUGGGAUCAUCAGCUGGGGAGACGGCUGCGGCCGCUCUAGAAAACCUGGUGUUUACACUAAAGUGGUGAACUAUAUCGACUGGAUCAAUUCAGUGAUCAGACGCAAACCUAAGGCCUCAUGAAUGGAAAUUACACAGACUCUGGCUAAAAUAUGAGAUACUGUACUGUAUUAUACUUUAACUGUUUUUUUAAUGUAAUGCCUGUGGAAGUUUAUAGGUUAUCUUUUUUAACUGUGAAACAUUUUGUGACUGAAUAAACCUUUACUG